AUGGCCUACAAACCAAACAAACAAACCCCACACGAUCAACAUGUGUCAAAACGUACCCCUCACCUGCCACCCCUCACCUGCCACCCCUCACCUGCCACCCCUCACCUGCCACCCCUCACCUGCCACCCCUCACCUGCCACCCCUCACCUGCCACCCCUCACCUGCCACCCCUCACCUGCCACCCCUCACCUGCCACCCCUCACCUGCCACCCCUCACCUGCCACCCCUCACCUGCCACCCCUCACCUGCCACCCCUCACCUGCCACCCCUCACCUGCCACCCCUCACCUGCCACCCCUCACCUGCCACCCCUCACCUGCCACCCCUCACCUGCCACCCCUCACCUGCCACCCCUCACCUGCCACCCCUCACCUGCCACCCCUCACCUGCCACCCCUCACCUGCCACCCCUCACCUGCCACCCCUCACCUGCCACCCCUCACCUGCCACCCCUCACCUGCCACCCCUCACCUGCCACCCCUCACCUGCCACCCCUCACCUGCCACCCCUCACCUGCCACCCCUCACCUGCCACCCCUCACCUGCCACCCCUCACCUGCCACCCCUCACCUGCCACCCCUCACCUGCCACCCCUCACCUGCCACCCCUCACCUGCCACCCCUCACCUGCCACCCCUCACCUGCCACCCCUCACCUGCCACCCCUCACCUGCCACCCUCACCUGCCACCCCUCACCUGCCACCCCUCACCUGCCACCCCUCACCUGCCACCCCUCACCUGCCACCCCUCACCUGCCACCCCUCACCUGCCACCCCUCACCUGCCACCCCUCACCUGCCACCCCUCACCUGCCACCCCUCACCUGCCACCCCUCACCUGCCACCCCUCACCUGCCACCCCUCACCUGCCACCCCUCACCUGCCACCCCUCACCUGCCACCACCUGCCACCCCUCACCUGCCACCCCUCACCUGCCACCCCUCACCUGCCACCCCUCACCUGCCACCCCUCACCUGCCACCCCUCACCUGCCACCCCUCACCUGCCACCCCUCACCUGCCACCCCUCACCUGCCACCCCUCACCUGCCACCCCUCACCUGCCACCCCUCACCUGCCACCCCUCACCUGCCACCCCUCACCUGCCACCCCUCACCUGCCACCCCUCACCUGCCACCCCUCACCUGCCACCCCUCACCUGCCACCCCUCACCUGCCACCCCUCACCUGCCACCCCUCACCUGCCACCCCUCACCUGCCACCCCUCACCUGCCACCCCUCACCUGCCACCCCUCACCUGCCACCCCUCACCUGCCACCCCUCACCUGCCACCCCUCACCUGCCACCCCUCACCUGCCACCCCUCACCUGCCACCCCUCACCUGCCACCCCUCACCUGCCACCCCUCACCUGCCACCCCUCACCUGCCACCCCUCACCUGCCACCCCUCUCACCUGCCACCCUCACCUGCCACCCCUCAUCUGCCACCCCUCAUGUGCACCCCUCAUGUGCCACCUCUUAUGUGCCACCCCUCAUGUGCCACCCCUCAUCCGCCACACCAGGUGAUCUGCCACGGGGUGUCGCGCAAGGCGAGUGACCGGCGGCAGGAGAUAUGCGAGGCGGUGGUGCGGCAGGACAUAGAGCUGCUCGUCGUGGGCACGAGACAGCUCAGUGCCGUCGCUAGGGCCGUGAAGGGCAGUGUGAGCGACUACCUGCUGCACAACUGCACGUGCCCCGUGCUCGUAGUGCCCUGGGAGCACAUGCUCAAGUUCAAAAGCCUCUCCUCCUUCAAAGCCCGAUAG